UGCAAUGGAACUUGGAGAUGGCACGGGAGUGUUCAGUCGGCCUGCAACUCCCGGAAUUGCAGGAGAUCAAAGCGGGACAGCAGGGGUGCCACAUUUGGCGCCGAAUCUAAAUAUAGAGGGGAGUCGGAGUUCAACCCCAUCUUGGGCCGGUGAGUCACAGGCGCAGGCGCAAAAAUCAGAUAGGAACUCCAACGCGAAUGGGGACACCGACGCGAAUGCGAAAGCCAAUACCGACCCAAAACCAAAAUCAAUCCCAAACCAAAUCCCAAACCCGAAUAUCGGAAUGGGUAUAGGCAUGGGGGGUAGUGUGGGGGUGGGCGAUGCUAUGCGUCAGGAUUCCCUGAAGGAGAUGUAUGAGAGUCACUGCGCUAUUGUUUGGCACGAACGCCUCACGCAUGUUGAAGCUACGCUGCUGUGUGAUAUGCUGCUGCUGUACGAAACCGAGUUGGCGGCCUGGCGCAAUGACGAGAAGAGCUCCAAUGUGUCGGAACAGGUACGACGGGGCUGUAUUGUGUGUUAG